GUCGCGAAAUGGUUUGUUCCUCUUGUCACCUCUCUGCUAUUGUCUACAAAAGCCUGAAUAAAACCAUGGAUUGGAUCUUGUCGGGUCAACUUUAAGGGACGACCGUAUAUUCGUUGAUUUUGCAUGCAUAUUGGAUUAGGCAGUUACAGUCUUGCAUGACUGCCAAUUCUCAGCUAACAUGUUGGCCAACAAUUUCCAGGAGCUGGUCACCAGUCUUCCACUGUCUCGAGUUCUUCUCACUGUCGGAUUGAUAAUAAUCACAUUAUGGAUCGUAUCACGGAAGAACGUCGAUCCCCGCGAGCCACCCGAGAUCAAGCCUACCAUUCCUGCUGUAGGGCAUAUCAUUAACCUAGUGCGCAACGGGUUGUCAUACUACACUAAAAUCAGUUUGGAACAUCGUGAUCUGCCCAUAUUCACCAUCAAUAUUCCAGGAGCUAAGAGCUAUGUGAUAACUGCCCCUUCUCUGAUGUUAGCCGUCCAACGUAAUUCUCGCAAUAUAUCAUUUGAUCCUUUCUUAGACGUGGCUGCAAGUCGCAUCGCUGGCUGCUCGCCCGCGACCUGUCACGCUCUUCUAGAAAAGAAACGUGGUGGAUUAGGCGUCAACCAGCUCAUGGUCGAAGCCAUGCACCCUGCUCUUCUAGGAGAAGGUUUAGAUGGGAUGAAUGAAGCCAUGGUUAAGGGUUUGAAAUUGUGGCUCGAUGGGCUUCUGCAGUACGGGCAAACGUCCUUUGACCUCUUUGAGUGGUGUAAAGAAGCCAUGACUGUCGCAAGCACCGACUCUGUAUGGGGCCCGCUAAGUCCAUUCAAAGACAAAGCUGUCCAGGACUGUUUCUGGGAAUUUGAGGCCGGUGUUGGUAAGCUAAUGCCCAAAGUCGUACCACAAAUAACAGCCCGAAAGGCUUGGAAAGGCCGUGAGACUCUCGUUCGUGCUUUUAUUCAGUACUAUAAGGCAGAUGGUCUAAAACAUGCAUCUGUGCUUGCCCAUGCUAGGUACAAUGUGCAUGUCACGAACGGAAUACCAAUUGAAGAAGUUGCGCGAAUUGAGGCUAGUAUGGGCCUUGGUCUGUUAUCCAACACUGUUCCCACAACGUUCUGGUUUAUGUUCGAUCUUUUUUCUCGCCCAAAGUUGCUGGAGCAAUUGCGAGGAGAAAUUAAAAACAACGCGUUGCAUGUUGACGGACAUAACGCUAUUAUCGACGUUGCAGAUCUGCGCGACCAAUGUCCACUGCUCGUCUCAACUUUCCAGGAAUCAUUGCGUUUCAGAGCUUCGGGGGCAUCCACCAGAUUUGUGUACGAGGAUAUGAUGCUUGACAACAAAUAUCUGCUCAAGGCAGGUUCUAUAGCAUACAUCCCAGUACGACCAGUGCACUCUCACCCUGAUGUCUGGAGUGAUAACUCGAAGGAUUUCGUGCCUGAUCGCUAUCUGAAAUCAAAGCCUCGUAAGUUAGGCGGAUUCUUGGGAUUCGGCGUUUCACCGAGUAUCUGUCCUGGACGACAUUUCGCCAGUGGUGAGAUCAUUUCGUUUGCGGCAGCCAUGAUUAUGCGCUUUGAUCUCUUUCCAGCAGGAUCUUCUCCGUGGAUUGAUCCCAAGUUGGAUCUGAGCUCGGUAGUUUCAACUGUGACGCCACCUGGUGAACCUUUCCCAGUCACUUUGAAAGCCCGCGAAGAGUACAAGGAUUACGAGUGGGAUUUCCGUGUUACUAAGGGAAAAGGGCAGUUUGCACUUGUCAUUGGAUGACCGGAUUUAUUGCGCUGUUUUAACCAAGUUUUCUUGGUGACGGUGAAAACCGGGACACGUAUAUAUUGACUUUUAAGCUACUUCGUCUUAUACAAUCAGAUUCUUGACCUAGCGGUGCUUUACUAUUAUCAUCUCGAUAGAUCGUUCUAUAUGUUAGGCUACCAUGGGCUUGUACAUACCAACAGCGCCAACGAAUGCGGGGCUUGAACUCGGACUGGAACUUCCAUCUACUUU